AAAUUAGUUGUCAAUCGAUCCUCGGCAUUUGACAACGAAUCAACAUCGAGAGUUUGCCGAAAAAUACAUUUUCAGGAAAUUUCAUUCUCUUAUCUUGAUAAUGGAAUCGUUCAUUAGUUUCUAGCACUUAAGUUCCAGACAUGGAAUUUAUAUAGCUGCUUGAGUGGAUAAAAGUAAUAAUAUCCGGAUUUCAGGUUGGAAGCGAAAACCGCACAAUUGGAAGGCUUUUCAUUCAUCCCCCAGUGCCGGAAUUUAUCAAGGAGAAGAAAUUGCAAUUCAAGAUGCUUCCACUCACUCACAAAGACUCCCGCGGCUUCACGUACAAGGUGCGGGAAAAGCUUAACAGCUUGACCCGGUUGAUAUUCUCGGACAGAAAUUCGAGGAACCUGUUUCUGUUUUUGCUGCUCAAUUUGAGUUUUGCUUUCGUCGAGCUGAUGUACGGAAUAUGGACCAAUAGCUUAGGUCUGAUAUCUGAUUCAUUUCACAUGUUCUUCGACUGCACGGGACUGUUAGCAGGGUUGGCUGCAUCGGUCAUCACCAAGUGGAAGGCAACUGACAAAUACUCGUACGGUUAUGUUCGAGCGGAAGUGCUGGCCGGAUUCGUGAACAGUUUGUUUCUACUAUUUAUUGCAUUUUUCAUCAUGUCUGAAGCGGUGGAGCGAGCGAUUGAGCCCCCGGAGGUUAAGCACGAGCGUUUGUUUGUGGUUUCGGUCCUAGGAUUGCUGGUCAAUCUGGUCGGUAUUUAUGCAUUCCAGCAUGGUGGUCAUGGACACAGCCAUGGAGGCCAUGGCCAUAGCCACGGAGGUGGCGGACAUGGACACUCCCAUGGGGGUCAUAACGAUACACAUCACCUGUUAGCUAAUAAUCACGGGCAUGGACACAGCCAUGGGGAAGAUGAUCAUCACGGACAUAGUCAUGGGGCAGCGUCCAUCAAUAUGGAGCAACAAAUCGCGUCGAACAAUUCGCAGAUUAUGCGGGGAGUCUUUUUGCACAUAUUGGCCGAUACACUGGGUUCUGUGGGAGUCAUUAUUUCGGCAGUCCUGAUGCAGUUGUUUGGUUGGAUGCGAGCGGAUCCAAUCUGCAGCAUAUUUAUAGCGCUAACAAUCGGCUUGAGUACUUUGUCGUUGAUUAAAGAAUCAGUGAUGGUGCUGAUGCAACGUCAACCGGUGGCGUUGGAUCGCAUGUUGCCACAAUGCUACCAGAAGGUAACGGGCCUCGCUGGAGUCUAUAGCGUGCAGGAACCACACUUCUGGACCCUAUGCAGUGAGGUUUACGUGGGAGCCAUUAAGCUGGAGGUGUCCAAAAACGUGGAUCCUCGCUAUGUUGUUCAGCACACGCGGAUGAUCUUCGAAGCAAUUGGAGUUCGACAAAUCUACAUCCAGCUCGACUAUGCCGCAAUGUGAUAAGUUGGCUGUGUGAGAUAGCGAAAUCGAAAUCAUCUCUUUUGCAAUCCGCAGGCAACCUUGAUGGUUCUGACCAAUUUCUGCUAUGAUAAAAACCGGAUGAUCUUCUCCAAUAAAUUUUCCAGCGAUGUUCAUGAUUCUGAUAACAACUUCAAACAAGAAUAAAUCAAUUUUACUGCUCUUAUAUUUAUACGAUUAAAUCCUACUCACAGACAUACUACAUUGAAAUAUCAAUUUGAUUAUGUUUAAUAAAUCAGAAGGCACAUGGUUCUACUAGGGUGUGCUGAAGUGAUGAAAUACGAGGACAAACACCUAGAUUAGGGUAUGUAUUUAUAAGUACUAGUAGGCAUUAUUGACUCACCAUGUAUACACCUAUAUGGGCUAGAAUCAAUAAUUAUUAUUAAUUACAAGUUCGACUCGAUGACAUUUUGAAAUUUAAUGUUUUAACAAGUUUAAACAUAUUGUCAGACACACACACCUCAAAAUUUACUGCUAGUUUUUAUCAAAAUGUGCAUGAUCUAGUUCUUCACUAUCGUGAAAAGAAAUUCUAUAAGUUCUACGAACAAUCUAUGAUAAUGAAAUACAUAUACAGUUAAUAAUUAUAAUAGUUUGUUAUUGUAA